GCCGACGAGUUUGGAGUCUGGACUAGAGUCAGAACUCAGAAGUGGUCUCUCUCUCUCUCUCUCUCUCUCUCUCCUCAUUCCAAAAGUUUCAAAUCAAACGGUUGCUCCUACUCCCGCCGAGACGCCUGAGAUAUUCUCUUCUCUGGAUCUACGCCUGCAACUGUCUUUCUCCGCCGCCGUGCCAUUGCCAAACUAGUAAAGAUCCUUCUCCUUUCUUCCUUUCUAUCUCGUCGUCACCAUCGUCUUCAUCGUUCCUUCUCUCUGUUUCAUUUGCCGUCGGGCGGAACCGUGCCUGCCGGCGGUGAAGAAACGAUGCUAGUGUUUCACAAUCUUUGCCUUCUUUUCCCUCAUGAACACCCUAAUCUUCGUCACUAAUUUGCUUAUUUAUACUACGGGUUUCAGCGCUGGAGAAGACAAAGGGGGAAACCCGAAGAAACAGACAUCUGAAAUAGGGUUCAGACCAACAAUCGAAUUGCAGCAAUCCAGCAGCACAGAACCGCUCCUCCUAUGGUUACUGCCAAAAGACAAGUCCAACUGCACAGACCCAAUCAACGCCCCGUUGAUUGGGGGAACCGCGAUCUUCUUCCUGAUAGCCAGAAGGUUCCGCGUGAUGGCAUUUCUGAAAAUAGCAGAGAAGCCCAUGUUGCUGCUGGGUUUAUGGUACUGUCAAAUAAUACUUCCAGAAGGCCAUUUGUACCAUCUGGCAUUGGAACUAUUUCUAAGGUGUAUUCAAGGACCCAGCAGAACACCAAAGGCAAGAAUGAUAAUAAAGAAGAUCAGAAUGUUAGAAGAAGGGCAUUAGCAGAUAUAAGCAAUGCUCGUGGCAGCAGUUCUUCAGGGCCAGUCACUGGACCUAAGCCUUUGGCGUCAAAGGGAUCAAACUCUAGGAUUGUGCUUCCCAAAGCAAGGAAAUCUUCAUUGGUGAAACCAAGAGAUAAUGCAACACAAAGAGUUGGUGAUCGCAAUUCUCUCACUAGCAGUGUUACUGAACUGGGAACCUCUUCAAAUGAUGCAAGCAAAGAGGCUAGAAUUGCAAACCAGCCAUCUGUUAGCAAUAGUACAAGGUGCUUACCACUGUUGAUGACUGCCGAGCAAAGGAAAGAUGCAAAGGACAAUCACAAGGGGUCAGUCAAAACCCAAAGCGUCGGCAUUUUUGCAGUUAAGACCCGACUCAGUAGGAAAGUAGUACCCCAAGUGAGCAUGGGUCGGAGCCAUUUACAGAGGAAUGGAGCAAGAGAAGGUCCAACAUCAUUGGAGGAAACUAACAGAAAUGACCGUAUCGCAUUUAGGAAAUCUGCUGGGCCAUUAGUGAAGCCUGCAAUCAAGGGUUCCAACACCCAUAGGGUUUCAGGAUCCAACGGUGCGCCAACUGCUAAGAAAUCCUCCUCCAUUGCAGCAAUCUCAUCUUCAGGAAACAAUGAAGCCGAGGCCUCUUCUGUUAGGGAGAACAUCCCUAAAAUGGUUUCCUUUGAAGUCUCUCUACCAGAAACUUCAUCUGAUGCCAAAAAUUCUAUUGUGGUUGAUGGUAAUGCUACUUCCAAUAAAAAGUCUCGUCGUAGAAGAUCUUAUACUUCUCUCUUGAUGACAAGAUCAAAGCUGUUAGAAGAGAACGAAGGUCUGCCAAGCAUAGAUGAUGCUUGCAAUGAAUUGGAAGUUGCUGAAUAUGUCGACGACAUCUAUCAAUAUUACUGGUUUCUAGAGGGCCAUAACAUAUCUCUGGCAGAUUACAUGUCAACACAGACUGUUAUUACACCUCAGAUGCGAGGGAUUUUGAUAAACUGGCUCAUUGAAGCACACGGCAAAUUUCGGUUGAUGCAAGAAACCCUUUAUCUGAUGGCCACAUUGUUGGACCAAUACCUAUCACAAGUCCAAAUCCAAAAGUGUGAACUGCAACUAGUUGGUCUUACUGCUCUAUUGCUGGCAUCAAAAUAUGAGGACUUCUGGCAUCCUAGGAUCAAGGAUCUUGUUAGUAUCUCUGGGGAGGCAUACACACAUGGGCAAAUGCUUGAAAUGGAGAAGCAAGUUCUUCGGAAACUGAAGUUUCGUCUCAAUGUUCCAACGGCUUAUGUGUUCAUGCUGAGAUUUCUGAAGGCUGCUCAAUCAGAAUCUAAGCUUCAAAACCUGGCACAUUACCUCAUCGAGUUGUGUUUAGUGGAAUAUGAAGCUCUAAAGUUCAAGCCGUCCAUGGUAAGUGCAUCAGCCAUCUUUGUUGCCCGUUGUACUCUCAAGAUGGACCCAGCAUGGACUCCUCUACUUGCCAAACAUGCACGCUAUGGGGUUCCCCAGCUCAGGGAAUGUGCUGAGAUGAUAUUAAGGUUUCAAAAGAUGGCAAGAACCGCGCGAUUGCAGGUCACAUACGACAAGUUUAUGAGUCCUGAUCUGGGUAGUGUUGCUGCUAUAAAGCCCUUAAAUGAGCUUCCACUUUGAAGCUCUCCCCUACUGGAUGCCAGUGCCUAAAUGCUGAAUGUCUUCUUCCUCAUGGUCGUCUCUUAUGACUGUUUUACAGAGCGAAGGAUUGAAAUCGAUUGCAGGCUUCACUGGUCUAGCUAUGAUGACUAGUGUUUGUUUUGACAGACAAAUAUUAAUGACUGUAUAUGUUGCGUUUGUAUCUGUAGUAUUAACCAAGUAAAAUGAUGAGAAACAGAAGUGGUCGGCUUGUUUCGUUAGUAGAUCCCCAACAUUGCCAACUGCUUGUGGCUGUGGGGUUGAGCUUGUUGAAAGGAGAUGAUCAAUAUUUGUGGCAUCUUAUUCAAACAUGCAUUAUGAAAAUUAGCUGUGGUUUGCUGCCUAUUCCUUCUUCAGUCUUGUUUUCAGCUAACAUAUUAUGAUUCGAUCACAUUUUCAUAACGUUAAUAAGUAAUUAGACAAUAA